AUGAGUUCCAUUGUAGCAUAUUCAGAAAAAGACCAAGAGAUUUACAAAGUGAAAAAAGGUGUCUAUCAGAACGACUGGGACGAUUCGAUUAAGAGUUACAAAUUUUUUGAAAACGAGUUGUGUUUCCAUGAUAGCAUUCUACUUCGUGGAAAUAAAAUGGUAAUACCACAGCAACUCUACAAGAGAGUAUUAGAUGCUGCAUACGAGGGUCAUCCAGGUAUCGUAGCGAUAAAGGGACGCUUGAGAUCAAAGGUAUGGUGGCCCCGUAUCGAUAAAGACGUAGAACAAUUAGUAAAGGCCUGUAAAGAUUGUACGUUAGUGGGUUUGCCAAAUCCAACUGCACCAAUGAAGAGACGAGAGUUGCCUGCAGCUCCAUGGAUAGAUGUCACAAUGGAUCUAAUGGGACCAUUGCCAAGUAACGAGUAUCUGUUAGUAGUGGUCGACUACUAUAGUCGAUACAAAGAAGUAAACAAUUACAAAAACAUCACAAGCUUACAGAUUAUUAAAAUGGUAAAAGAAAUGUUCAGUAGACUUGGUUAUCCUAUUUCUAUCACCGCAGACAAUGGCAAGCAGUUCGUAAGUGAAGAGUUUCGAUCUUUCUGCAAAGAAUGUAACAUUAAGUUAUUUAGUACUGUACAAUAUUGGCCUCAAAUGAUCGGCGAAGUUGAAAGACAAAACAGAGAUAUUUUGAAACGUCUUCGUUUCAGCCAGAUCGAGAGGAAGGAUUUAAAAGAAUGUUUGUGGGAGUAUCUUCUAAUGUAUAACAGCACCCCUCCUUACAGUUACCGGGAGGUUACCGUCUGA